CUUGUGAUUUCUAAGAAGCCAAUUUACUUCUCCUCCUCUUCCUCCGGGAUUAGCUACUUUUUUCAUUCGCCAUAUUUGUUCAUACAAAUUGUAAACCAUGAAAUACAUUUUUGCAAUUAUUGUUUUGGCAACCGUUGCCAUCGCUCUUCCAAGGAUGAAGCGUCAAGCCUACGUUUUGCCAGAUGGAGCAGAACUGAUUGUAGGAAGUAUUCAAACAUCGUUCAAGUGCGAUGGUUUGCGAUUAGGAUUCUAUGCUGACCAAGCCAAUGGUUGCAAGGUCUUCCACGUCUGCAACCCUGUUGUUCAUGCCGACGGAACCGAAGAAACUCAACACUACAGUUUCUACUGUGGCAACCAAACCGUUUUCGAUCAACUCAGUCUCACUUGUAGCACACAAGACGAAGCUGUAUCCUGUGACAGGGCUAAAGAUUUCUUCUACGUUAACGACAAGAUUGGAGAUCCCAAAGCUCUUUUCUUGACAGAAGAUGAUGUUUUAAGGGCUCGUAAAAUUUAAGAACUUUUCGAUCAUUCUCUAAUUGAUCCGAUCCUGUGCUUCGUUCCUCUAGCCAGCGCGUUGUUCUUGUUGUAUAGGAAUGUGAAGGUCUGCCUUAGCAAUGUAAAAUACCUUUCAGCUAAUAAAAUGUGAAAUUGCAAA